UCCCCGACCUCCAGAGAUCCCCCCCCCCCCACCUCUGUGGUCCCCACACCGCACGGGGACCUCCAGGACACCCCGGAUCCCCCCGCUGUCCCCACCACGUCUCUGCCCGCGCCCCGCCGGGGUGGCACCGAGGUGGCACCGAGGUGGCACCGGGGUGGCCUCGAUGUCCCCGCUCCGCGCCCCCCGAGCAGCAGCACCGUCGGCCCGGCUCCACCUUAACCGGAGGCCCGGGCGGCUCCGGCGGGGCUCAGGGGCGUUUAUCUCCGCCGGGAUCAGCCAAUAUUUGUGGCCACGUCAGGAGGAGAACGAGCCCAUCCUCGCCCCGCGCUCCCGCUCAGUCCAGUUCUGCCACUCUGCUCCGCUCCCUCUCCCUCCGCUCAUCCCAUUCUGCUUCUGGGACACCGCUGGACUCCCACGCUGUCACCUCUGGCCACGGGAGAUGUUGCUCACCGUGGCUCUCCUUCUCCCGAGCCUCCUCCGCACGGCUGCGGCCAGGGGCGGGUGGUGUCCGGCCUGCGGGGUGGCCGCGCUGGCCCCCGGGGCGCAGCGGGACGCGCUGCUGGCUCUGGCCAAGCAGAGCAUCCUGGCCAAGCUCGGUUUACCGGGCAGGCCCAGCGUGCCGCAGCCGCCGGCCCGGGGAUCUCUCCUGACCGCGCUCCGCAGGAUGCGGGCACAGCGCUGGGACGCGGCCGCCACCCCCGGGAUGCUCCGGGACCGCCGCGUCCCCGCCCGGCCCCGGUACGAGGUGCUGAGCUUCGCUGAGCCCGGAUCCUCCACUUCCCACAGCGUCCGCCUGCAUUUCCGCUUCUCCCAGGAGGUGGCCGGGAGCACGGAGCUCCAGCAGGCCACCCUGUACCUGUUCUGGGCCAGUCCUGGCCGCGGGGCACAGCCCGUCACCGUCCGGCUCCUGCGGCCGGACCCGGCGGGGGCGAACUCGACGGCGGCCAGCGAGACGCGGCUGGAGGUGCGGAGACCCGGCUGGACCACGCUGGACAUCGGAGCAGCCGUCCGGAGCCUCUUCGGCCAGCAGAGCCCGCGGCUGACGGUGGAACUGGAGGUGCCAGAGGACUGGGGUUCCCCUCUCCCGUCCCACCACGGCGAUUCCCACUGGCCAUUCGUGGUGGCCCAAGCCCAGGCCAGGACUCCGCAUCGCGUCCGUCGGCGCGGCGUGGAUUGCGGCGCGGCCUCGCGGACGUGCUGCCGCCGGGAAUUCUUUGUGGACUUCAAGGAGAUCGGUUGGGAGGACUGGAUCAUCCAGCCCGAGGGGUACCACAUGAAUUACUGCGCGGGGCUGUGCCCGCUGCACAUGGCCGCGAUUCCCGGCCUCGCCGCCUCCUUCCACACCGCCGUCCUCAACCGCGUCAAGGCGGCGAGCGCGGCGGCGGCCGUGGAUUCCUGCUGCGUUCCCACCCAGCGCCGGCCCCUCUCCCUGCUCUACUACGACCGCGACAGCAACAUCGUCAAGACCGACAUCCCCGACAUGAUCGUGGACUCCUGCGGCUGCACCUGAGCCACGCCGAGCGCUUGGGAGGAGGACGGGACACGGCGGGAUGGGGCUCCCCCUUCCCAGCUCUGCCGAGGGGGUUUCUCCUCCUGCGGGUGAAGCAUCAAGGGUGUUAUAAAUGAAAAUUUGUCCAGCCAAAUUAAUAUGAGAAAUAAAAUAUUUAUUUUGCAA